UGAAUCAUUCUUCCCCCUGCCAUCUCUAUUACGCCAUUGCCUUUCACGUUGACUUCUCAACUCUCUCUCUCUCUCUCUCUCUCUCUCUCUCUCGCUCUGUCUAUACUUUAGAGACAAUUGAUAUAAGAAGAAUUUCAAGCCUUUUGAGUAGUAUAAUAUAUAUAUAUAUAUAUAUAUAGGAAAAAGAAAAAACACCAUCCUUCUCUUCUCUGAUUGUUUCAAUCUUUAUAUCUUGUUUUUUUAUCAAUUCGACGCAUACCUAGAUAAGAGAUAGAGAGUGAGAUAAUGGAAUCUGAUGAUCAGUCAUCUCAUGUUAAAGUAGUUAUAAUUUCACUUCCACCACCAAAUAACCCAUCUUUAGGCAAAACAAUCACUGCUUUUACACUCACUGAUGAUGAUCAUGAUGCUACUUAUCCACAAUCUCACCAAAACCAUGAACAAGAACCCUCUAUAAUCCAAACCCAUCGAGAAUCUCAACUUCCAGUUCAGUCUCCAUCUCUACCACCACAGAACCCACAAAUCCAAUUCUCUUUCUCUGGUCUCUAUUUUAGUACUCCAAGAAAGCUUUUGUUUCUUUUGUGCAUCUCUCUUUUUGCUGUUAUUGUUUAUAGGUCCUUGUUUUCAAAUACCCUUCUAGAAUUAAAGGUUUCUGAUGAUGAUAAUGAUGAAAAGACUAAAUCUUUUAUCUUCCCUUUGUAUCAUAAAUUUGGCAUUCGUGAGAUUUCUCAGAGUAAUCUUGAGCAUAAAUCUAUUAGGUCUGUUUAUAAGGAGAGCUUGGUGGCAUCAGUUAAUGAUGAUGAUGUGAUUGUUCCUAAUAGAAACUAUAAGUUGGCUUCUUCAAAUGCUGCUGCUGUGGAUUCUUCUUCCGUUUUUCCUGUUAGAGGCAAUGUUUAUCCAGAUGGAUUGUACUUCACAUACAUACUUGUUGGGAACCCUCCAAGACCUUACUAUCUGGAUAUUGAUACUGCAAGUGAUUUAACAUGGAUUCAAUGUGAUGCUCCUUGCACUAGCUGUGCCAAGGGAGCCAAUGCUUUGUACAAGCCAAGAAGAGACAAUAUUGUUACACCAAAGGACUCAUUAUGUGUGGAACUUCACAGAAAUCAAAAGGCAGGGUAUUGUGAAACAUGCCAACAAUGUGAUUAUGAGAUCGAAUAUGCUGAUCAUAGCUCAUCAAUGGGAGUUCUUGCAAGAGAUGAACUUCACUUAACUAUGGCAAAUGGAUCUUCAACUAAUUUAAAAUUUAAUUUUGGGUGUGCAUAUGAUCAGCAAGGCUUACUUUUAAACACACUGGUGAAGACAGAUGGAAUUCUUGGACUGAGCAAAGCUAAAGUUAGUUUACCUUCUCAGUUGGCAAACCGCGGGAUUAUUAAUAAUGUGGUAGGUCAUUGCCUUGCCAAUGAUGUAGUUGGUGGUGGUUACAUGUUCUUAGGUGAUGAUUUUGUACCACGAUGGGGCAUGUCAUGGGUUCCCAUGCUCGACAGUCCAUCCAUAGAUUCAUAUCAGACACAGAUUAUGAAAUUAAAUUAUGGAAGUGGCCCGCUCAGUUUAGGCGGGCAGGAGAGAAGAGUGAGAAGGAUUGUGUUUGAUAGUGGCAGUUCUUAUACAUACUUCACAAAAGAAGCAUAUUCUGAAUUGGUUGCUUCUCUUAAACAGGUUUCCGGAGAGGCACUUAUCCAAGAUACAUCAGAUCCAACAUUGCCCUUCUGUUGGAGAGCAAAAUUCCCAAUCAGAUCUGUUAUAGAUGUUAAGCAAUACUUCAAGACUUUAACCCUUCAAUUUGGAAGCAAAUGGUGGAUUAUCUCGACUAAGUUUCGGAUUCCUCCAGAAGGCUAUUUAAUCAUCAGUGUAAGAAUAAAGGCAAUGUGUGCCUGGGCAUUCUUGACGGUAGCGAUGUGCAUGAUGGAUCAUCAAUUAUACUUGGAGAUAUAUCAUUGCGGGGGCAGUUGAUCAUAUAUGACAAUGUCAACAACAAAAUUGGGUGGACACAAUCAGAUUGUAUCAAGCCUAAAACAUUUAGCACCCUCCCAUUCUUCCAGGGAUAGUUUUUAGUACAAAACUAGAUGUUAUUGUACAUCAUUACUUCAGUUCUGUAAAUUAUCUCUACUUGAUGAGGUCAUUUGUUUAUACUAUUAAUAGUUUUGAUAAAAUAUAUACAUAUAUAUGUUCAUUAUCCAA